AUGGGAACAACUUUACCCGCCGAGAUGGCUGGCAUCACGCCGCCGGCGGUGAGCAGCGCGAUUCCCGACCUGAACGAGCCUUACUUGGAGGUAGAUGUAGACGCCGCUAGGGCAAAUAUUCCCGACGACCCGACCAUCCCCCUUCCGCCAGGGACGAAAGGGGCUCCCCAACCUGCUUCGGAGCCGGAGGAUCCUUCGGCGACCGAGCAGCCGCCGCCGAUUGGACCAUUUCCCGAAAACGACUACAUGUAUCUGACCGUAGAGGACUUGUUGGCAGCCGACGAGAAAGAUGACGCCUUCCUGCAAAACAUUCCGCGCGACGAUUUUGCGGAAGCCGCCUUCGACAUCAACAAAGAGCUCGCCAAGAAGAACAUAUUGCUGAGGAUGAUGUGGGGUUUUCGGCAUCUGGACAUGCUGGAGGCGAGAACGACCCGGGUUCAGUACCUGCGGGCGCUGCUCGACUUCAGGAGAUGGUGCUGCCUAAACCUUCCAGGACAGCAAACCGCCAGAGUCAAGGGGGACGGCGUGCUGGAGCACGAAGACGAGAUAGGGACGAAGACAUGGACAGCCUGCAAGGUCGAGGGGACGCUCUUCGGGGUGAAGGAGCUCCACAUCAUGUACGACAUCUCCGAGGUCCGCUCGGAGGUGCGCGCGAUGGUCAGAGAGAAGUGGCACAGGGACGACAGGGAUUGCGUCGACCGGCACCGCGGAACACUCGGCGACACGUACACCACCGACCAGAUCCGCCACCUCAUGUUCAAGGUCUUGCCGACCUGGCCGGCUCGGGCGUACGAGCCCAAGGCGGCCACCCCCUCCCAGACACUGUGGAAGUUCCUGCUGAUGAAGACGAUGACCCUCUUGGGUCACCACACCCUUCUCCGCGGAGCUAGUCUCCGAGCGAUCGAGCUCCCCGACUUGUUCUUGUAUAGAAUGGGGAGCGCGUCGCCCGAGCACUCCACGCGACGGCCGGUUGUCAUGGUCGUCGCGCCACAAAACUCCAAGACGAACAAGGAUGCUCGUCUGCAUCACAGCUACGCGGCGAGACACCUGGAGCAAGAGAUGUGCGCCGUCGGUCACACACUGUUGUGGCUGCACUUCGUGUAUGACCAGCUGAGCCGCUCGCCCACCUCUCGAUGUGUGCCGCCCCUCGACUUCAGAACUCCGUACAUGUGGUAUCACAAGCACCUCUUUCAUGCUCGGAGCGACAAGGCACAAAAAGAGCUGCCGGCUUCAUCUCAUUCUCGGAUCACGAAAGAGAUGUGGCGGACGAACAAGAUCUUCAUCACGCGCAACACCCACGCCGCCCAGGCAGGUGGGGCACAGGAGCUGGCCGACGAUGGAGUCCCGCGAUCUGACAUCGCCGACUUGGGCCACUGGGUGCUCGACAGGCUUGCGAAGAGCUACAUCACGACCAUCCCGAAGGCGGCGGAGUUAAGAAAGGCCGGCUACACGGGCAAGUGCGGCGACUACCACCUCGGCCGCAGCUUGGUGACGCCCGACCCCAAGGUGGUGGCCCUCAUCGUCCAGCAUAUCUUUCCCUGGGCUGAAGCGGAACUGGACAAGAGUUCCAAGCUCUGCCGCGACCCCGACUUCCAAAAAUGGGCCAAGGACGUCAACCGGAUGGACCUCGAGACCAUCGCCACGCGCGGUACUCCGACCGAGAACCCCCAAGAGGUCGACCAGCUCACCAUGAUGCUGCACCGCCAGAGAGAGGAUGCCGCGAUCGGGAAGCUUGGGAUGCAGAAGCAGCUGGAGGAGAAGGACGCGGAGAUCGCGAGGUUGAUGCAGGCUCUCAAGCUGGCCGAGGCACGGCCGACUGCGCCUGCACCGCCAACCACCAGGCCGAUGACCGCCGCCGAGAAGGCAGCGGCCGUCAAGAUCGAGAAGGAACAGGGCGACGACCUGACGUACGAGGUGAACGCCGUGCAUCCCUGGCGCACAUCCAAGACGGUCGAGGCUGCCUGGCGCUGGUGGAACAACCCGUUCAACUUCGACUCGCGUCCCUUGCGCGAACGUUACGAGGAGCACAGAUUCCUCGUCAGACACACGCGCAUGAUCUGCAAGGUCGAAAAGGGCGACAAACCCGCAGCGUCGGCGAAGUCGGCGAAGAGCUCUCGUGGUCGACAACCGCGGCCGGCGAUGUCCCACGACCGAGGUGGGUGA